AGCACAUCACGUGGUUUUAUUUAUUACGGAGCGGUGCUUGCACAUGCUACCUGAGUUAACACCUUUACUCUUUUUAACGUGCGGGCUCUGGAAUUAUUCGUCAGAACAAACGCUGCGUUUUAAUUAAUUCGCGCUUUUCACGCUGCGUCAUCUUACGCUCACGUUAAAUGUGGCGUCUUAGCUGUCGCCACGCAGAGCAGAGCAGAGCGGAGCUAACGGUAGCUAGGCUAACUGUUAGCUCGUGAGCUAACUUCAGUGAAGUUAAAGGCGACUUUCGUGAUUUUAACAGUUGUAAGUAUGAGGUCUUUAAAUUACGUCCAGCGGGUCAGUUUGGAUUUUACGGGAACGUUGUUUCCUCACGCGAUUUGUCUCGGAGACGCGGACAACGACACGUUGAACGAGCUGAUUGUCGGAGACACCAGCGGGAAACUGCUCGUGUACAAGAACGACGACUGUAAACCCUGGAUCACGAGGACGUGUGUGGGCAUGCUCACCUGUGUCGCCGUUGGAGACGUGUGCAACAAAGGAAAGAACUUGGUGGUCGCCGUGGGCGCAGAGGGCUGGUUUCACCUCUUUGACCUGACGACCUCGUCCGCCAGCAAAUCCGAUACCAGCAGUCAACACGAGUCCCUGUCCUCCGAGGACCAGAGGCCGCUCUUCACCCAACACAUUCCCGCCAACACCAAAGUCAUCCUCAUCAGUGACAUCGAUGGAGACGGACGCAGUGAGCUGGUCGUGGGCUACACGGACCGCGUGGUGCGAGCUUUCCGAUGGGAGGAGCCAACUGAGGGGUCAGACCUGGGGUCAGGUCAGCUGGUUCUGCUGAAGAAAUGGCUUCUGGAGGGACAGGUGGACAGUCUGUCGGUGAACCCAGGUCCAGAAGGUUUACCGGAGCUGAUGGUGUCUCAGCCUGGCUGCGGCUACGCAAUCCUGCUCUGCUCUUGGACACAACAGGACUCGUCAGGCUCCGGAGACGACGACCCGGCCACACCCGGCAGCGACGGGCCGUCCAGAGACGUAGUUCUCCACCUGACCACUGGGCGGAUACACAACAAGAACGUUUCCACUCAUCUCAUCGGCAGCGUCAGUAAAGGUUCGAAAGAGGAAUCUUCAAAAUGUGGCCUCUUCGCUCUCUGUACUUUAGACGGUACUUUAAAGUUGAUGAACAGCUCGGAGCAGCUGCUGUGGUCAGUGCAGGUGGAUCAUCAGCUCUUUGCGCUGCAGAAGCUCGACGUCACUGGCGACGGCAGGGAGGAGGUGGUUGCGUGCGCGUGGGAUGGUCAGACGUACAUCAUCGACCACAACCGCUCCGUGGUUCGCUUCCAGUUCGACGAGAACGUCAACGCGUUCUGUGCAGGUCAGUACACGUGUAAGGAGGGUAAAAACAGCCCGUGCCUCGUCUACGUCAGCUUCAACAACAAGAUCCACAUCUACUGGAAGGUGAACCUGGAGCGCAUGGAGUCCACCAACCUGCUGCGAGUGCUGGAGGAGAAACCCGGGUUCAGAGACCACAUGAAGGCGCUGGGAGUCGAUGCCGAGGACCCGGCAGCAGUGAGGUCACUGGUGGCCAAUGUUCUCUAUGAGGAUUCACAGACGUAGCACAGGACAACACUCCCCCCUGUACACUUGCUGUAAAUAGUUUGGUGAAUAAACCCGGUGAUCCUCGUGUGUCUCCCAGGCUGCUGCUGCUGCUGCUGCUCCCAGGCUCCUCUUGUUGUUGUUUGUGCUCCCUGCAGCUUCACGCCAUCGGGCUCAGGUUUCCAAUGCGCUCGCCGGCGACUGUAAACACAGCUACGAGUGCAUCCACACGGACGGGGGAUGUAAACAGAUCGCCAGAAACGGGUCCUAUUCAGCUGAUUGUGCUCCGUGCGCUCCCUGUGUAAGUUUUACACUCACUUAAGUAUAAGUUUUGCCCUUUAUUUUCCCCCUUUAGAUUGCGUUUUCUAACGGGAAACUGAAGUUUCGACCCAUUUACGCUCCUGCACCAAAAGCCCAUUGGAAAAAACUGGUGUUUUUAGCCUGUGCGAGAACACAGGGGGUACUGGUCCAAGUGCUGCCCCUUGUGGUCAGUCUGUGCCACUUUUGUAAAUCCGAACAAAGGAUUUCAAAUGCCGAAUUAAUAAAAUACCACAAGGGAACUCAGUGGUGGAGGCAGAAGUGGAUCGGCGAACGUCCGUGUGCCUUAAAUGUUAAAACCUUAAAAUUGCUGGUUUUCUCAAUAGGCUUUGGUGCAGCGGGAGUGAGCCGCUCUACAUUUUUUAAGAAAAACCUCACAGAUCGUACAUUAUGAUGUGAGGUUCAAGAGCGUAAUGCUCUUCUUCAUGUUUUGCGUAACCUUUUGCGAAAAAAUAUAACAUUCAAAUAAAUGACCAUUUUGGAGGAUUAUGUGAUGUUGAGGCAACCGAAUUCUAUGAUUUCUGUUCUCUGUUGAUUUCCAGUGGGAUUUUUGUAGUUUUAGGCCAUUUUUGUUUUGCUUAGAAAAGCCACUGCACACCAAUACAAUAUUUAAGGAUAAACGGGCGAACACCGCGUCAAGAAAAGUCUAUAUAAAGUCAUUUAAAGCCACCCGUUCUUUGGGAGCACUUAAUUGAGUUCCCGCUGUCUCCACCGUCGCCGUGUUUGUUGUGAAAUAAAACAUUUCCUUUCCAUAACCCUGUGAAAUGUGCUGACGCUUAGAUCGGUGCAGACGGUAAAUUGAAUCCCAGAGCCGCAGAUGCUCAUGCAAAUGCCUGCCUCUCCUCCUCUCACUGCUGCAUCCAAAUCAAAACCACAUACAUAUAUAAUUCAGUCACUCACUCGACUGAGCGGAGAAGACCGGAGUGUGUUUUGGAGGAGGCCGUUUAUCCACAAUCACGCGGCCUCUGCUCGGAUUUUUUCCUUUUGCUCCUGGACUCCGUUCAGACCCUGCCGCCGUAAACACCGUCCUGACAAACGGGACUGAUUGUGAAUCCCGCCCGCUGGUUAUUUAUUAUUAUUUCCCCUCUUAAGUCGAGCUUCUCUUCUGUAGUGGAACAUUAAUCUCACCUCGGAGAACGACGCAGGAACUCGUGAUGAGCAGGAUUUUGAAGCUGUUUUAUCGCGGCGUUCCUGCUGCGCGCGUUAAUAAUUCAAACUCUGGGCCUGUUGAUGUUCUUCAUCUUGUUGUUGUUGUUGUUGUUGUUGUUGUUUCUUCCUGCUAUGAUUUGUCUUCAAGCCGCAGUGGAAGAAUGUCUGAAAGUGUGUUCUUAUCAUCAUCGGCGGCAAAUAAUAAAAAACCAAAAAACACAAAGUAACACGA